UCAAACACCAGCAGCCUGUGUAGUACCAUUCUGGAUGUCAUCAGUAGCAUCUACCACCAGGACAAUGCCAACUACUUCAUUCUGGAAUCUCAGCACACGCUGUCUCAGUUUGCUGAGAAAAUAUAUCUGAAGCCAGAAGAUGUCCAGAUAAAGUUUUUUGAGAUGCUGGAGUUCCUGGUGUUCAACUUAAACUUUGUGCCAUGCAAGGAGCUUAUUAGUGUGAGCAUUCUCAUCAAAUCACAACAUUCCAUUGACUGCAGCAUUUUGUGCAUGAAGUCUUUGUUGCGAAUACUACGCUACCACAGCGUUUACCGGGAUGUGUUCAGGGAAGUUGGAAUGCUGGAGGUUAUGGUUACCUGCUUACACAGGUAUGCAGCUCAGUUGAAGGAACAGAACAGCCAGACAGAAGCUAUCACAGUCUCAGAAGAACAACAGGAGCUUGGCUUGCUGGUGAUGGAAGCUCUUGCAGUCUUGUUGUCUGGCAAUGGUGCAAAUGCAGGGGUAUUCAGAGAAUGUGGGGGAGCUCGGUGUGCCCACAAUAUGGUUCCCUUUCCUGAGUGUCGACAGCAGGCCUUGCAUAUAGUGCAGCAGCUAGUUCUGUCUCCUGGUGGAGAUGAUGAUAUGGGCACCUUGCUGGGACUCAUGCCGACUGCCUCCGUCACAGACCUGGAACUAAAGACACAUAUUUUGAAGUCAUUGUUGAGUGUUUUACGGGAAAGCCAUCGCACAAGAACUGUGUUCAGAAAAGUUGGAGGAUUUGUAUAUGUCAUGUCUGUGCUAGUCUCAAUGGAGGGCUGUCUUUCGCAUCCACCAAAGUCACCAUGGGACACAGUGGAAAAGAAAGAUGUUUUGAUGAUGUUAAAAACAGUAUUUAGUACACUGACAGUAGCCAUGAGAUUUGAACCAGCAAAUGCCAAAUUCUUUGCCACAGAGGUGCGAUAUGACAGUCUGACAGAAGCUGUACGUUUAUUGGGCUGUUUUUCCAACAGUGUUGACAUUCCUGCUGCAUCAGAUGGUCUUGUAGUUUCUGAAUCUUUAGAGCAUUUUUUUGCUGUCUUCUCUCAUUGUAAAGAAGAGAAGGCCCCACCCAACAUUCCCAAGAUCUUGCUGUCUGCAUGCAUCAUUCUCAGGUACUUGUACGACAUGGCUUUGGACGCGUUUGACAAGCCUAACCAUCUAAAGGCUGGGGACUCACCAUGCCUGAAGAAACAUACAUCUGUGGUUGAGGAAGGUCAGUCCUCAACAUCCUCCACAUCCCCAACUACAUCCAGCAUGAGACCAAAGAGUGGCAGUACGGGUAGUUUGACGCUCAAUCUCAUUGGCAGCCCAGACCCUAUGUUGGUCCAUUCUGGAGCUGUCUUGUCUAUAUUUCAUCUGUUGCCGGCUGUAGAAGAUCCGUCUGAUCCUCAGGCCACGCUUGAUCUGAGAGUCUUCAUAGCAGACCUUCUGAAGUCACUGAUGAGAAAUGAAAGGAAUCAACAAAUAAUGUGUGAUGCCAGGUUUCCACAUGAGCUGCUUAGUCAUGGUAGUGCUGCAUUAGCUGAUGAAUCUCACCCCCUACACACACAUCUGCAAUACAUGUUUGAAAGACUGGCUUCCCAGUCUUUGACACCAAGGGAUCUCAGAGAUUUCCUACGACUUGGUUCACCACUCAGCUGUCGCUCAGUAGAGGAAGAAUAUACAGAGGAGAUGUCUGUAACACAUGCAGAGGGAAUGGUAUCCUCCCUAGGUCUGGAAGAAAAACCAUCAACAGUAGAGACAGAGAAGAAACUCAGUUCUGCAGGUGGCACUGUUCCCCUGACACGUGUCAAAUGCCUGGUAUCAAUGACAACACCACGUGACAGCCGCAUGCAUGGAUCAGCAGUCACUCCAGCAUUUGUGGAGUUUGACAUGAGCACUGAGGGCUUCUCUUGUUUGUACUUGCCCAGCAUCGCACCACAGGGUCCACCUACUCCUUCAGUGGUCGGCGGUGUUGUGGGGACAUCUGAGCCUAUUGUCAUAGGUGGUAUUGGAACAGGUGAGCGGAUAUUUCCACCCCAGUCGGGCCUCACAUAUACCACAUGGUUUUGUGUUGAUAAAUUCAGCACAUUUGGAACUGAUGCACACCCUGUGAGACUUCUGACUGUGGUACGCAAUCUACAAGGAAGAGACGAGAAUCUCAUUUGUCUCAGUGUUUCCAUCAUGUCAAAAGACAGGGCUGUGAUUGUGUCCACACAAGAAAACUACAUGCCAAAUGCAGGAAAUGGUUGUGAAAUAGAACAAGAACCUCCUCUCAAUGAUAACACAGUUCGAUUCUGGUGUCCAGAGCUGACGCAGGAGGGACAAUGGCAUCAUUUAGUUUUGGUGCUGCAUAGAGCUGGUAUCAUGAAAAACAGCAAUAUUAGCCUUUUUGUGGAUGGGGAGAUGGCAACUCAGCAGAAGCUUCACUACAUCUCACCAAACCUUGGCGGGGGAGGCACAGCAAGCCCCACAGCUUUCACAUCUGUGUUUGCAUACAUUGGAACCCCACCACAGCUGAGGAGGCAGUCCCGCUUACUCUGGAGACAAGGCCCUUGCUUUAUGCUGGAAGACAUUGUGUCUCCUGCUAUUGUGAAAAGCAUUUACAGUCUGGGACCCACUUAUGUUGGAAGUUUGCAAGCUCCACUUACAGAUGAUGGUGAAGUCAGUGGACCAUAUAUCAGUGAGGAGAAGGUGAUGUUUGGAGUGUUUGCACAUGCUAUGUCACAGAUGACCAUUGCCAAGAUCAGAAAGAUUUAUAAUAAAGUGGACAGCAAGUCAAUAGCCAAACAGCUGGCAAUGUCAGCUCAUGAGAAUGCCACCCCUAUCAGAAUACUCCACAACUCUGCUGCCCAUUUGGCAGGAUCUGCUAGAACUCUUGGUGCAGUCUUGAUGGGAUAUUUAGGUGUGAGAACUUUUUGCCCACGCCCAGUUGCCUGCAUGCUGGAGAAUGUAGGAAGUACCUCAGCACUGCUGGGAUUGAUUGCCAUGGCGACUGAUGUAGAAAGCUUGUAUGCAGCUGUGAAGGCACUAGUGUGUGUUGUGAGGAGCAACAAUUCUUCCAAAUGGGACAUGGACAGGAUUCAUGGAUAUCAGCUGCUAGCCAUGCUGUAUAAGAAAAAGCGCCAUUUGCUGAACAGCCAUAUCUUACAUCUGACUUUCUCCCUGGUGGGCACCCUGGACAGCGGACGAGAGAGCUCAGUCAUCCCAAAUCUGACAGCAUUCCAGGACCUCUUGUGUGACCUGGAGAUAUGGCAUGAGGCGCCUGGAGACUUGCAGAGAUCUCUGUAUGAACACUUCUUUGAACUGCUCACAGAUUCCAGUGAACAAAAGUCGAAUCACACGAUCAUGAGGAACAUGGGCCUGACCACAAAGCUGCUUCACAUUUUGAAAGACACAAAGAUUCCUAUACAAACAGUACAGUCUGUGGCAAAUGUGUUGGGAGAACUUCUGGCUGGACCACCAGACCACCCAAGCUUGUUACGAUUCGGUCAGUUUGUGGCGUCCACUCUGCCUGUUGCAUCAUUUUCAGAAAAAACUCUGGAUAUAAACAGCAGAAACACCAAAGACAUAACUUUGGAAGGAGAGCAGUCAGAUGCUUUAAGUGAUUGCAGUCUGCCACAACUGAUCCAGAACAUAAAGAUGCGGAAUAUUUUAUUGGAUGUGAUCCUAAAGCUGGUGAAACAUCCAAACAACAUUGCCAGUGUCAAUCAGCAAAUGUGUGAUGACAUUGCAAGGAUAUUGGGUUUUGAUUGGCUGUUGCUGUUCAUGCAGAGCCAUCUGCAUGCCGACUCUGUGGUUAUUGCACUGAGAAUUCUGCUGGUGAUGUUCCGCAAUACUGAGAACAUUCGCAGGUUUCGUGAAGGCAGUUAUGGUGGUGGCUGGAUGGGUGGCACAGAAACUGUACUCAAGAACCAGAUGUCAGUUAUGCUUGGUUUCAACGUUGGUGCCCACACAAGGAAUCAGGACAGAGAGAUCCACCAUGAUGCCUGUCAUGUUCCAGGAUUCCAGGCCUUGCAGUGGCUACUGUCACGGCAUACAAAUGUUCCGGAUAUCUACUUUUUACUCAUGGCUUUGCUUUUAGGUCAUCAGAACAAACCAUUAAACACAGCUGGACAACAACUGAGUGUGGACUCCGUGUGGACUGUGAUAUUUGGGUGUCCAGCCAGUAAACCCAUGCACAACUUGGCCAGAGAGAGCACAGACUUGUGUCCAGAUGCAGCUCUGGUGUUGCUUGCCAUGAUCAGAUACAUACUGAAUGAGAAUGAUGUGACCACUGCAGACAGCCCACACCCAGUUGCUGUGAUCCAGUUCUUGAUGUUUCUCUACCACAACCUCUCAGAGUUCCAGUCAUUGUGUGCCAGCUCAGACUUUAUUGGUGGCCUGGUUGCCUGUUUAUUCCCUUAUCCUGUUAGUGAGUCUAACAGUGAUGUCACAACUCCCAAUGAGGAGUUCAAGCCAUUCCCAGACUCAGAACCAGUGGUCUUGGUGAAGUCUCCAGACAGAGAUGUUUCAGGAUUCUUGACUGGUCAUCCAGCCAGACGUUUCAUCAUUGAUUUCAUCCGCACAAUUGUCAUUGACAGUCUGUCUCAGAUGUCCAGCAGCAAAUCAUCUACUGUGCUGGAUAUCAUGUUGGAUGCAUCCCCUGAGCAUGCGAGCAGAGCUCAGCAGAAAGAGUUUCAAACAGAGAUGUUGAAAAUCCUCAUGGAUCACUUGCUGGCAGCAGACAUGUUGCUGGGAGAGCAGGCGGCACUUCCAAUCAUGUCUGGCAGUAGUUACAGCAACUUGGCUGCUAAUGUCUUUUACUUCGCCAGUCGUGUUGUGGACAAGAUGUGGCAUGGUGCGUUUAUCAGGGAGCCAAAGGAAGUCUUUGAUUUUUUGCAUAAACUGAUUUCCCAAGCUAAGAGAAAAUCCACUGGUGUGUCACUUGAGCUUAUUUACAAAUGUCUGAAUCGGACAAUCUUGUUUCAACUGUCACGCCCCAUUGAAUCUGUGUCCAGUCAGACCAGUGUGCUAGAAGCACUUCAUGUCAUUACAAACAGUCGCCAUUUGGUGUUUGGUCCUGGCAACCAUGACCCUGAAUUUCUUGGCUGCUUAUGUUAUUGUCUGCUUCAGCUGACAGAGGAUCCUGAGUCCAGAAUUGCCAACCUCACUGAGUCCAAGCCGAGGACAACUACCUGGCAUGUGGAGAGUGGCCAGGAAGGUUUCAAUAUGGAAGGUGUAGACAAUGGGUCAUACAGAAAUGUUGACUUUCAGAUGUCAGCCCUCACUCAGGGCAUGCAGUUGGUGGCAGCAGCAGCAAGGAGAGUGUGGGAUGAACUCUACAUAUUUAAGAAGCCGGCCCUAGAGGAAAUUUUCCGGAUACAGUUCAACAACAGCAGUCCAGCCAAAACUAUUGCCCCACCAGACUUGAACACAGUCAGACUGAUGAUCCAGGAACCCGCAUCUAGAAUAUGGGUCUCAUAUGCUGAAAACGAACGCAAGUCUUCAUUUCUUCACAUUGAGAAGCUUCAGAAUCAGAUUCAGUCUAAACUUCAGAAAGUUGGCAGUGGAGUCAGCGGUGUUCUACGUUCUGUGUCCAGGAGAAGUAAGCGGGAUUUGCCACUCAAGUCUUCUCCCGUAUCAACAGUUCACAUGAAUGACUUCCGCCACGCCACAAUCAAUCAUGUUGCUCUCGUAAAAGAUGUUGUACAGUUUCAGCAUGAUCAGUACAUACAGGCCCAGAGACACUUGGAGAAGUAUUUACUUGAUGACUGGAACCAGGUGGAGCAUGAGCUUCUGAGGGUGCGCAGUCUCUGGGGCCCAUUGACUGGAUCCAGGUUAGACAAGAUGGUGCUUGAUAUGACCGAAGGACCUUUCAGGAUGAGGAAAAAAAUGAUGAAGAAUGACAUGUUCUAUAUCCACUACCCAUACCGGCCUAAUCUGGAAGAGAGUCCUCUGAGAUAUAAAGUUGCCAUAAGUAAUGACAGCAAGGAAUACUAUGAGCAUUUCCGACCUCAGGGCAUCCUCUGUCUGGAAGCAGCUCCCAUACAGAAAACCUCAGAUGCUGAUUUGAUCAACAGUGAGCCAGAUGUUAACACUGGCUCCCCUGAUGAUGUCAACAGUCUGAAGAAACUGCUUCCCCGCUCCAUCAGUUGCAAAUCUACAGGUGAAGAAGAUGAUAAUGAUGAUAUAGGAAAUGUAGAUUGCCAGCAAGCUGAGCUGGAGAGAUCAGAAAGUACAGUGGAGAGGUUAGAGAGUGAAGGAGAAAGCCAAGGGGACACUCAGGGAGACAGCAGUGCAGAUAACUCAUCAACCACCAAGGCAGAUAACCAGACUAUCUUACACUUUAUUGGAGAAAAGGAAAGAAUCAGCCACAUGUUUAGAUGUGCUCGUAUUCAAGGUCUGGACACUGCUGAAGGUUUACUUCUAUUCGGGAAAGAGCAUUUCUAUGUGAUUGAUGGCUUUACUCUGCUUCGCACCAAGGAGAUCAAGGAUAUUGACUCCCUGCCAUAUGAAAUCCAUGAUCCAAUCAUUCCCAAGUCAUCCAUGGGUUCCACUGGCAACAUCAAAAGAAUGUAUAGCCGUUUUGCUUAUGAGGACAUCCGAGAAGUCCACAAGCGGAGAUAUCUUCUACAGCCAAUUGCUAUUGAAGUGUUUUCAAGUGAUGGUAGAAAUCAGCUUCUUGCAUUCCCUCGCAAGAUCAGAAACAAAGUCUUAGCCAAGUUUCUAUCAGUUGCCACAGCUAUGACUGACAAUGCUCAGCACCUGGUGUCAGGUCAGAGACAGAAUGCUCGAGUUGAAGCUGG